AUGCAGGAUGUUGCCCAAGUAGAACAAGUAAGACAAAGAACUGUAGCUGACAGACCAAUACGCAGCCAGGAGAAGUUCGCAAAUCAAACACAGGGGAGCUGCAUGUUUUGUGGCCGAUCUAGGCAUGAUCGUGCCAAGUGCCCUGCUCGAGAUGCAACAUGUCACAAGUGCGGAAAAUCUGGUCACUUUCGCUCAGUUUGCCGAAGUGGAGUAAGGACCACGGUACAUGAAUUAGAGGAUUCUCUUGAUGUGGAAACUGUUUUCUUGGGAGAGGUUCAAGACAACAGAAAGAAUUAUUGGAGUGCAGACGUUGAUGUCGAUGAAAACACAACCCACUUCAAACUGGACAGUGGUGCUGCGAUGACUGUACUGUCAGAUGAGCGCCAAUGGCUUCAUGGAAGAAGGUUGAAACCAGCAAGGCGAAAGCUAUGUGGACCAGGGAAAACUACACUAAAUGUUUUGGGAGAGAUGGAAGUGGAGACACUUGAACAGGAAAAGGAAGGAAAGGUGGAUUUCAGAGCUGAAUUUCCACAACUGUUCAGUGGACUGGGGAAACUAGAACAGGAGUAUCACAUUACACUGUCUCCAGGAGCAAAACCAGUAUGUCUCUACACACCACGGAGGGUACCCCAUCCCCUUUUGCCCAAAGUGAAGAAAGAAAUUGACUUAAUGUUAGAACAUGGGGUAAUUUCUCCGGUCACUGAGCCUACCAAGUGGUGUUCUGGUAUGGUAACUAGCGGGGCAAUCAGGAUUUGUGUAGAUCUUACACAACUCAACAAAUCGGUCGAGCGUGAAGUCCAUCCAAUGGCAUCAGUUGACGAAAGCCUAGCCAAACUAGGUAGAGGAACUAUCUUUACCAAAUUGGAUGCAAACAGCGGGUUUUGGCAGCUGCCUUUGGACGAUUACUCAAAGCUCUUGACAACCUUCAUCACGCCGUUUGGUAGGUUUUGCUUCAAUAGACUACCAUUCGGAAUCACGUCUGCCCCUGAGAUAUUCCAACGCACGAUGUCUGGUAUCAUAGAGGGGUUGGAUGGAGUCAUCUGCCACGUGGAUGAUGUUUUGAUUCAUGGAGCUACGAAGGCAGAACAUGACUCUCGAGUGAGGGCAGUAUUGCAGCAAUUUGUGAAGGCUGGACUGACGCUCAACAACAAGUGUGAAUUUUCACAAGAGAAAUUGAAGUUCCUUGGGCACAUUGUGGAUUCGACAGGAGUGCAGAUUGAUCCAUAG